UGCAAAAUCGUGCCUCUAAAAGCUAUUGCCUAAGCACAAACUAGCUUCAUCAACUAUGGAGCUUUUCUUCCUUAGUGGUGUCAUCCUCUUUGCUUUCAUUGUUUCUAUUUCUGUUGUAUUCCUUCUCUACCACAAGUCCUAUGCUUCACAUCCUAAUCUUCCAAGGGGGAAGAUGGGCUUACCUUUCAUUGGUGAGAGCCUUGAGUAUCUCUCCACUGGAAGAAAGGGUCACCCAGAAAAGUUCAUAUAUGAUAGAAUGGCUAAAUUCUCUUCCGAAGUCUUCAAGACUUCAAUCUUUGGAGAGCCAGUGGUUGUUAUGUGUAAUAAGGCCGGAAACAAGUUCUUGUAUUCCAAUGAAAACAAACUUGUCACAGCUUGGUGGCCAAGUUCUGUGAACAAAAUCUUUCCCUCCUCUCUACAAACAUCUUCCAAUGAAGAAUCCAAGAAGAUGAGAAAGAUGUUGCCAAACUUCAUGAAGCCAGAGGCCUUGCAAAGAUAUAUAGGCAUCAUGGACACUAUUGCGCGAAGACACUUUGAGGCUGGUUGGGAAGGGAAGCAAGAAGUGACUGUUUUUCCACUUGCCAAGAAUUAUACCUUUUGGUUGGCCUGUAGGUUGUUCUUGAGCAUUGAAGAUCCAAAGCAUGUUGCCAAGUUUGCUGAUCCUUUCACUGUUUUGGCUUCUGGGAUCCUUACUAUUCCCAUAGAUUUGCCAGGGACGCCCUUUAACCGUGCCAUUAAGGCUUCAAAGGUGAUAAAGAAGGAGUUGAGGGCUAUCAUUAAGCAGAGGAAGAUUGAUUUGGCUGAGAACAAAGCAUCUCCCACACAGGAUAUAUUGUCACAUAUGUUGCUCGCCUCCGAUGAGAAUGGACAGUUCAUGACUGAGAUGGACAUAGCUGACAAGAUUCUUGGUUUACUAAUUGGUGGCCACGACACAGCAAGUGCUGCUGUUACUUUUGUUGUCAAGUAUCUUGCCGAGCUGCCCGAAAUCUACAAUGAGGUCCUAAAAGAGCAAAUGGAGAUUGCGAAGUCAAAAAAACCAGGGGAGUUACUUAACUGGGAUGACAUUCAGAAGAUGAGGUAUUCAUGGAAUGUUGCAUGUGAAGUGAUGAGACUUGCCCCACCUCUUCAGGGUGCUUUUAGGGAGGCCAUUAAUGACUUUGUCUUCGCUGGCUUCUCUAUUCCAAAGGGUUGGAAGUUAUAUUGGAGUGCAAAUUCAACACAUAGGAACCCAGAAUACUUCCCAGAACCUGAAAAGUUUGACCCCUCAAGAUUUGAAGGGAAUGGACCACUACCUUAUAGUUAUGUACCAUUUGGAGGAGGGCCUAGGAUGUGUCCUGGAAAAGAGUAUGCACGGUUGGAAAUUCUAGUUUUCAUGCAUAAUGUUGUGAAGAGGUUCAACUGGGAGAAGUUGAUUCCUGAUGAGAAGAUCAUUGUGAAUCCAAUGCCCAUACCAGCCAAAGGGCUUCCUGUCCGCCUUAUUCCUCACAUUGCUUAGGCCGUUGUUGCCUGAACCCUAAUUCCACCAUCUUACUGAAUGUAUGCAGAAAACUGAGGGAUUAAUAGAUACUCAAAUGCUACAGUAAAGAGGGGGGGGGAUUAUCAGUAAUAAUAAGGCAUGCUGCUGCUGCUAUGUAACAUUCUCAAAAGCACAACCACAAAAAUUUGCCUUGAUUUACUUGCAGCUUCUCUUUCUUUCUUUCUUUAUUAUUAUUAUAGAUUUGUAGUAUGUAUGAAAUGCGAAUUGCUAGGUUUCCACC